AUGAGUGAUGUUGACAUCAUGCACCACCUCAAAGACCAUUAUGACCAGGAGGAAUAUGGACUCAGCAUUGUCAGCUUUUGUCGGAUGCAAAAUAGCUGGGGCUGGAAAUGGACCAGGCAACAACAACAUACUCUCGAGUCCAUCGAACAGCAUGUCCGGGAGAUUCGACAACGAUUUCCCCACCGAGGUGCCGAGGCCAUCAGACAAGACCUGCGCCAGCAGUUCAGCUUUCACGUACCCCGCGAACUGAUCGCCAAGCUUCUCAAGAUCACAGAGCCAACUGCUGUAGAAGCUAGGCGUCGUGGACGUCUCAAAUGGAGGCGUUUUUGGUGUGCAGAGGUUAAUGAUGUCUGGCCCCAAGACCAGCACGACAAAUGGCUGCGCUUUGGGUUAUGGCUGCAUAUCAGCCUCGAUCCAUUCACUGGCUGGAUUAAUUGGCUGAAAGUUUGGUGGACCAACAAGAAUCCACGCCUUAUUGCUAGAUACUACCUUGACUGUUGCCGAAAACUCGGAGCUGUACCUUUGAUCACUCAGAGCGAUCCAGGCUCCGAAAAUUUUGCUGUUGCCAACGCACAAACAAUGAUUUGA